GAACCAUUUUACGCGGGAGUCACUGGUCACGCGCAUAUAAAGCCCGUUGUCAAAUGUGCAGCCCCCAUCCUUCGUACUCUAUCCACUCCCACAGCGGGUUACCGGCUUUGCUCGACAUCUUCCUCUCUCUAUCACCUAAUACCUUUUCGUCUCCGUAAUGUCUACCCCUGAAGUCGCCGCCGCUGCACCCGUCGAGGAGGUCAAGACUGAGGCCCCGGUUGAGGCCGUCCCCGAGCCCGCCGUCGAGGCCCCCAAGGUCGAAGAAGUCGCUGCCCCUGUCGCCGAGGUCGCCGCAGAGCCCGCCGUUGAGCCUAAGGUUGAGGAAACUCCCGCUCCGGUCGUUGCUGAAGCCGCUGCCGAGCCCGCCGUCGAGGCACCCGCCACUGAGGCACCGGUGGCCGAGACUGCUGAGGCGCCCAAGGAGGACGCCAAGGAGGAGGUCAAGGAAGCUGUUCCUGCCGAUGCACCCAAGAAGGAGGAGCGUCCCAAGAGCCCUGGUCUGCUCGCCAAGCUCCUUGCUCCCUUCAAGAACGAGAAGAACAAGGUUGAGAAAAAGGUGAAGAGCCCCAAGAGCCCGAAGAAGGAGAAGAAGAAGGAAGAGCCGGCUCCCGUCCCCGCUGCUGAGGAGCCCGUGACCACCGAGGAGGCUGUUCCUGCUGCCCCCGUCGAGGAGGUUGCCGCCCCUGCUGAGGAACCCGCUAAGGUUGAGGAAACCCCUGCUGAGCCGAUCAAGGAAGCUGAGGUCGCCGCCGCGGAGCCCGUCGCUGAGACUGCAGCGGCCGAGGCCCCCAAGGAGGAGGCCGUCAAGGAGGAGAAGAAGGAGGAGAAGAAGGAAGAGAAGGCGCCCAAAGCUGCCAAGGUCGGUCGCCGCCUGUCCGCCCGUGUGGGCGACUUCUUCAAGCCGAAGCCCAAGGUCGAGGUCGUUCCCCCUCCCAAGGUUGACGAGCAGCCCCCCAAGAUCGACGAGCCCGAACCGAUCGCUCCAUUGGAGAACCCGGCCACCGAGGAGGCUGUCAAGCCUGCCGAGGGAGAGACCAAGGCUGUUGAAGCCGAGGAGACCAAGGCUGCCGAGCCCGUCGCUGCCGAGCCCGCAGCUGCGACUGCUUAAAUGCUCUUCAAGCGUUUGUUUUUGCAUGCCCUCCUCAGCACGACCGUUACGCCUCUAUUCUCUCGAACCAUCCUAUCCCACUGCAUGUCCUGGAUCCUUUCUCUCCUUCUUACGAUACAGCGGGUUGGUUCUGACGACUUGCUACGACAACCUUCAUCCGCAUCACACUUAAUACCAGCUGAAUCCAUUGGUUUGUCAUCAUACCCCUACUUUCUCUAUUUCGGAUUCCGCUUCUGUGUCGUUUUUUUGUAAUCGUUUUCUAUAAAAUGAUGCUCCCUUCUUUUGGAUAAAUCUGUUUGAAAUUCUACUCAAUGAGGCCGUCUGUCGUGCAGGGACUACCUUUUCUGUGACUCGACUAUGAUUGAUGUAAAUAUUGUAUGAG